CAAUAGCAGAGGGGGAUCGGGGAGACAUCAGGAGCUCUCUCGGCAGUCUCCCCUCUCCCUGGCAGACCCGUCUCUGUCUCUCCGCACAGAGCUCUCAUUCAGACCCCGCUCUGCCCUUCCUGCUCUCACUGGGUGGCUUUUUCCUCCUCUUUGGGGCCGAAACAACGAAUUUCCUCCCAACGGCCGCGUCGGUGGUCCCCACAUUCCUCUGGAGGAGCAGAUCUAGGGAAGGGGAGGGGGUGGAUUGGAAAAAGCCCAGACUCCGGGACUCAACACAGCCUUCCUGAAUCCUACCCUCCGUCAGGGUUCCCUAGAAAAAUCUGGAUGUGUUGAAAACAGCCGUUCCUGCCAAUGCAGCCCUUCCACGACUAAGGUAUCCUCUUGACCUACUACCCAAGGUGAAUGGGAAUGGCUAUGAACGUCUUCAUGAAGCCCCGUAUCUUCAGUUGUAAAGAUGAAAGCUUAUGGAGAGGCUUCCUUGAAGCAUUGUCUUAGUGUGGAGUUCAUCAUUCUCCAUUCCACGCCUCCUGUUCCUCAAAAGGAACAGAUGUGUUGAGAUGGAAAAGAUGGCAACUAUAUGUCCAUGGAGGCAUUUUUAAAGGCAUCUUCUCAGAAGGACAGUGUAAUGGAGGACUGCUCUGCCUUGGAGUUUUCCUAAGGAAUCCUUGUCCUUGGGACGUGUUGGAUGGUCCCUGCGUCUUCAAGCCUCACACGUACUGGAAUUCCCUCCCAGGAUUAAGAGAGUGCUGCUCUCUCCUGCAAUGGGCUCCUGAGAAAACAGCUGGGUGUGUCUUUAACCUCGGGCUCUGUCUAUGACCCACCGCUGGGGCUCCUCUCCUGGGUCUUUUGCUCCCCGGAAAGCCCUCUCUGUCUGCAGGCUUGCUUCCCGGCUUUGCUUGCUUGGAAUCGUGUCAUACACAGCCCUGCGGAUGUGGCAGUGAACAAUGUCGAGACCCAAGGGACUGUUAUGGGUGCCGCUGUUCUUCACGCCCGUCUGCGUCAUGCUGAACUCCAGUGUUCUCCUGUGGAUAACGGCUCUUGUCAUCCGCUUCACGCUCAUCGACAGCCAAGCCCAGUACCCGGUCGUCAACACAAAUUAUGGCAAAAUCCGGGGCCUAAGAACACCAUUGCCCAAUGAGAUUCUGGGUCCAGUGGAACAGUACUUGGGGGUCCCCUAUGCCUCGCCCCCUACUGGAGAGAGGCGAUUUCAGCCCCCGGAGCCCCCUUCUUCAUGGACUGGAGUUCGGAACGCCACCCAGUUCGCGGCUGUGUGCCCCCAGCAUCUCGAUGAGAGGUCCUUAUUGCACGAUAUGCUGCCCAUCUGGUUUACUGCGAAUCUGGAUACUUUAAUGACCUAUGUGCAAGAUCAGAAUGAAGACUGCCUUUACUUAAACAUCUACGUGCCCACGGAAGAUGACAUCCAUGAUCAGAACAGUAAGAAGCCGGUCAUGGUCUAUAUCCACGGCGGGUCUUACAUGGAGGGCACCGGCAAUAUGAUAGAUGGGAGCGUUCUGGCAAGCUACGGCAAUGUCAUCGUGAUAACCAUUAACUACCGGCUGGGCAUUCUAGGGUUUUUAAGUACCGGCGACCAGGCGGCCAAAGGCAACUACGGGCUCCUGGAUCAGAUCCAGGCGCUACGGUGGAUUGAGGAGAACGUCGGGGCCUUCGGCGGCGACCCCAAGCGAGUGACCAUCUUCGGCUCCGGGGCGGGAGCCUCUUGCGUCAGUCUGUUGACCUUGUCGCACUAUUCAGAAGGUCUGUUCCAGAAGGCCAUCAUCCAGAGUGGCACGGCCCUGUCCAGCUGGGCGGUGAACUACCAGCCUGCCAAGUACACGCGGAUAUUGGCAGAUAAGGUUGGCUGCAACAUGCUGGAUACGACCGACAUGGUAGAAUGUCUUCGGAAUAAGAACUACAAAGAACUCAUUCAGCAGACGAUCACCCCCGCCACGUACCACAUUUCCUUCGGCCCCGUCAUCGACGGCGACGUGAUCCCGGACGACCCUCAGAUUCUGAUGGAGCAGGGGGAGUUCCUGAACUACGACAUCAUGCUGGGCGUCAACCAGGGGGAAGGCCUGAAGUUUGUGGACGGCAUCGUGGACAACGAGGACGGCGUGACGCCCAACGACUUUGACUUCUCCGUGUCCAACUUUGUGGACAACCUGUACGGCUACCCGGAGGGGAAAGACACGUUGCGGGAGACCAUCAAAUUCAUGUACACGGACUGGGCCGACAAAGAGAACCCGGAGACGCGGCGGAAAACCCUGGUGGCUCUCUUCACGGACCACCAGUGGGUGGCCCCCGCCGUGGCCACGGCCGACCUCCACGCCCAGUACGGCUCUCCGACCUACUUCUACGCCUUCUACCACCACUGCCAAAGCGAAAUGAAGCCCAGCUGGGCGGACUCGGCCCACGGCGAUGAAGUGCCCUAUGUCUUUGGGAUCCCCAUGAUCGGCCCUACCGAACUCUUCAGCUGUAACUUCUCCAAGAACGAUGUCAUGCUCAGCGCGGUGGUCAUGACCUACUGGACCAACUUCGCCAAAACCGGUGACCCGAACCAGCCUGUUCCUCAGGACACCAAGUUCAUUCACACAAAACCCAAUCGCUUCGAGGAAGUGGCGUGGUCCAAGUAUAACCCCAAAGACCAGCUCUAUCUGCAUAUUGGGCUAAAGCCCAGAGUGAGAGAUCACUACCGGGCUACCAAGGUGGCUUUCUGGCUGGAACUGGUUCCCCACCUGCACAACCUCAAUGAGAUCUUCCAGUAUGUGUCCACGACCACCAAGGUCCCCCCUCCUGACAUGACCUCGUUCCCCUAUGGCACCCGGCGGUCUCCCGCCAAGAUCUGGCCCACCACCAAACGCCCGGCCAUCACUCCUGCCAACAACCCCAAACAUUCCAAGGACCCUCACAAGACGGGGCCCGAGGACACCACCGUCCUCAUCGAAACCAAACGGGAUUACUCCACCGAACUCAGCGUCACCAUCGCCGUGGGGGCCUCCCUGCUCUUCCUCAACAUCCUGGCCUUUGCGGCUCUGUACUACAAGAAGGACAAGAGGCGCCACGAGACACACCGGCGCCCCAGCCCCCAGAGAAACACGACCAACGACAUCGCUCACAUCCAGAACGAGGAGAUCAUGUCGCUGCAGAUGAAGCAGCUGGAGCAUGACCACGAGUGUGAGUCCCUUCAGGCUCACGACACUCUGAGGCUAACCUGUCCCCCGGACUACACCCUGACCCUGCGCCGGUCUCCGGACGACAUCCCACUUAUGACACCAAACACCAUCACCAUGAUUCCCAACACACUGACGGGCAUGCAGCCGUUGCACACGUUCAACACCUUCAGCGGAGGACAAAACAGUACAAAUCUCCCCCACGGACACUCGACCACUCGGGUAUAGCUGUGCGGUUCCCUUCCCCGCCCUCGGCUCCUCCCCACCGGAGAGAGGGAGAAAGAGAGAAAAGCAACAUCUCCCCACGAGGAAUGUCUGUCAUCCCACUGACUUAGGACCGAAACGACCACCACCACCACCACAACAGAAACGCUGCGGGGCCACCAUCGCGCGUAUCCCCCGUGGACCCAUCCCACGGGCAUUUCCCAGUAUUACGAGAUCAACUUCUGACCCUGAGAAAUGUGAAAAUGAUUUCAUCGCCGUUCCAGGACCGUCAACAUCCCCAUCCCUCCAGCCAACGUUCAGCGUGACGAGGACAUCGCCCUCUCUCAAGGACCUGGGUGUUUCCAAUGCAACGAGAGAAGCUGGCCCUUUGGGAACUCAGCCAGGGACACUUAAAAAAGAAAAAAAUUUUUUUUUAAAUUACAAUGGAAAAACAAAACAAAACACAAAGUUCUUUACGUGCCAUAUGACGGAUGGCUCUACGGAAGGAUUGAAAGACAGUGGGCUUUAACCCUGCCUAUGGAGCUGUGAUCCAGAGAGAAGGAGAAGAAGAAUUUUCCUAUUAAAAGAGCAGACUCUGUAGUAACAUACCUAUAGUUCUGUGCAAACCUGUUUUGCCAGCCUGAACUAUAUUUAAGAAACUUUGUAAAAAAAAAGAAAAAGAAAAAGAAAAAAAUGUAUAUAGCUGUGAGUUUAAACAAAAACACACACAGAG